CAUGGCACUUAUCCAUGCAAAGACUGGGUGGGUGGCGGCCCUGUGCCUGUCCAUGGUUGCCGUGCUGGUGCUGGUUGUGCCGCCCCUUGCCGAGGCCGCCAUAUCAUGCGGCCAGGUGAGGUCGGCCUUGGCGCCGUGCAUCGGGUACCUGGAGAAUGGUGGCGAACCCACCGGAAGCUGCUGCAGCGGCGUCGCCGCCCUCAACAACGCCGCCCAGACCACGCCCGACCGCCAGCAAGCCUGCAAGUGCUUGCAGGAGGCCGCCGCCUCCAUGCCCUCCAUCAAGGAGAACUUCGCCGCCGCCCUCCCGGGUAAAUGUGGCGUCAGCAUUCCUUACAACAUCAGCAGCUCCACCAACUGCGCCGAUGUGGAGUGAGACUCUAUUGUGGAGGGCCCGCGGGUGUUACAGAAGGUGUUGCGAGAAUAAGAGGAGUUGGGAUUCGACUACUUUUGAAUCUCUUUUGUACUUUUAGCUGUUUGUGCUUCGUCCAGUUAGAGUGAUUCAAUUCAACCUUGCUUACUCUAUUAUCUUGACUAUUUAAAUAGCUGUUUGGUUAAA